AAUGGACUAUCAACAAUCCUUAGCCAAUGCAAAACCGCCUAUAUUGACUGAAUCAGAGAUUGAUAGUAUAUUCUUGUGCAUUCCACAAAUUCAUAGAAUUCAUGAAAUGUUUCAAAUUGAACUUAGUAAUGCUACACAAUCUUGGGAUAUAGACGAAAGAAUUGGAGACGUAUUUACCGGUGCUUUUAACAAAGCAUUGGUAUUUGAAAUUUAUAGUAAAUUUGUUAAUAACUAUACGACGGCAUGUGAGACAACAAAGAAACUGAUAGCAAGAAAACCAAUAUUUGCUGAAUUCUUACAGCAAAAACAAGCAUCUUCUCCAGAUCGACUAGCCUUAACUGGUUUAUUAAUAAAACCUAUACAAAGAUUUCCUCAAUUUAUACUUUUGUUGCAAGACUUAUUAAAGAGUACUCCUAGUGAUCAUCAGGAUAGAAUUUCAUUACAAAGAGCACUUUCGGAUCUUGAGAAUUUAACACAUAAACUUAAUGAAACCAAACGCGAAAGUGAAAAUAGAUACUUAAUAAAAUCCGUACUCUGGAGAUGCGAUGGAAAACCAACAAACUUUCCUAAAGUAGAUAAUGGCGAAAGAUAUUUUAUUAGGCAGGAUGACGUAUAUAUAAUAGAAUACGGAGAGAAUGGAGAAUAUCAGAAGAAACCAAGAAGAAUAUUCCUCAUGAAUGAUCAAUUAUUAUGCGUUAGCGUUGCUACAAAACAAGGGGAUAAUGGGAGUGUAGUUGAAAAAUAUAAAUACAAAUGGAUUUUACCAAUUCACGAAAUUGAUGUUAUAGAAGCCAGUGUUCCAAUUGCCUAUAAACUGAAAGCAGCUCAUGGAAGAUUAUCGCUUGUUUCAUCUAAGGAAGAUGGCUAUACAACUUAUAGCAAAGAUCUUGAUAAUCUCCUCCACGAUCUCCCCUUAAUAGAAGAAAUAACAAACCUUGUCAGUCAAUUGCGAUUAGAUCAUGAAGGAUUAAGUAAAGAAUUAAUGAGAAAUAUAACGAAAAGUCUGCAAACUUCAAUUCAGUUGAAAAAUGAUGUAAAUAAAUGCAUUCUACAAUUUUGCGCAUCUACAAAAACCGGUGGCAAGGGUGAAAUUUAUACUAUUCAAGUAGAAUCAGAUGAAACUAAACAAGGCUGGCUGUUGGAUUUGCAAAGUGCAAAAUUAUCUUUAGAUCCACGUAAUAAACCUGGAUGGGUGGUGCCCGAAAAUGAACAACAAUUUGUGUUUAAAUUACCUUUGUUUAUUAAGCCCUUGUUAUGUGAUAUAUCAAUACUAAAUACUCGGUUAACUUGUUCAGUUUCUGUUAUUCUACCUUCUAGAAAUGACCCAAAAUUAGGUCAUGAACAUUUAUGGGUUUGUAGUAGAUCCGAAAAGGAUACAGAUCCUGGCCACGUUACAAUAAUAUCUUUUCAUACAACACCACCUCACAUAGUUGAAGCAUUUCAAGCGUCAGAGGCUGCAAUUCUGUGUGCGGAGAGCGUUACUGGUUACGGAGACAAGAAAUUAAAUGAAGAUUUAGAUGAAGAUGAGACCAUUUUAAGUGAAGAUAGUGUCUGGAUGGGUUUGGUUGAUAAAACUGUAAUUGUAUUAAAAGUAAAUGAUUUGGAAAGGAAAGAUUCCUAUUACAAAUUCUCUAUUCCAAAUACGCCCAUAUGCUUAAAAUUCUUCAAUUCUACAAUGUUUAUUGGCAUGGUAGAUGGUAAUAUCGGAAUUCUUCACAGGAAUAUCGAUGGUGUAUGGAAUAAUAAAAAUAUGAGUCUACUAAAAUUGGGGGAUAGCGCUGUUAAUGAUCUUCAUCUCUGCAAUUCUUAUCUUUGGUGUUGUAGUGGGAAAUUGUUAUCUAGAUUAUCUGUAACGGCAAAAUUAGUGAAUGACUCUUUUCAAUAUAAAAUUCAUAGGGCUGAUUUCGAUUUGGCUUCCGAAAACAAAUUAAAAGAUUGUGAAGAGUCAAUUAAAUGUGUGGUCAAUGCAGGGGCUGGUAUCCUGGUGUCUUAUGAAAAUAGUGCCGUUAUAAAAUUAUAUCAUAGAGAAACCUUUGAAUAUUUACAAGAUAUUAAUGUUGCAUCUGCCAUACAAACUGUUGCUAAAGAUAAAAAAGAUCCUAUCUCUGCUAUACAUAUAACCUCACUGUCAGCCGCGAAAGGUGUUCUAUGGAUUGGAACUAGCGUUGGCUACGUUCUCACUCUUCCACUUCCUAGAUUGCAAGGAGUUCCACAGAUACAUGGACGACCAAAUGUUUCACUACAUUGCCAAAAUAGUCCUAUUGAGUUUUUAAUAACCGUAUCCUGUUCGAGUAUAAGGAUUGAAGAAGGGGAUAGAAUUCCAUCAAUUUUUGUUGAAGCUUUAGAGAGAUCUCCUAAAAAAUUAAAGUCCUUAGAAAUAGACAGAGAAGAAAAAGAGGGAGAGGAAGGGGAAGAGGGAGGGGAAGGGGAAGAAGGAGAGGGUGACAAUCUGAAAGUAAGAUCUGAUUCACUUUCAUCUCUCAAAGAUGACGACGAUGACGAUUGUUUCGACGAAGAUAAACCAAGAUGGAAUUCGCUGACAGACUUGGACAGUGUAGAGUUGAUAUAUGGGCAUUUGUGCCAUGAUAAUUAUAUUCAAACUGCUUCAAGUGUUCUAAAAAAUACUAUGCCCAGGGAGGCUCAGGGACUCAGAUUUGGUAGAAAACUUAGUAGACGUUUCAAAAAGCACGAAAAUCUCAUAAAAAAGGUUAGGGGAGGGCAGGGAAAGAAAAUUAAUGAUCUCAGACUGAGUCUUGAAAAAGGCUUAAAUCGAAAUCCUUCAAGUUCAACCAGCCCUACUUCUCCAAAGAGUCCUACGAGCCCUACAUCUCCAAAAAUUCCUACAAGCUCAGAGAGAAAUCAAAUUCAAAUGGUAAAUAAAAGUCUCAUAGUUGCUUCUGGUGGUCAGGGCCAUCGUCAUAUAGGCCAAGAAAAUUUGGUAAAAAAGAGUAAAAUCAGACAAGACGAUGUAUGUCUCCUCUUAUGGCAAUGUCGAAUAUAG